GGACUGAGGAGCGGCCAGUGCAGAGGCGUGGGGGCGAGGAGCCAGAGGGGCCUCCGAGCGCCCAAGCCCGUUACCCGGUCCCCCGGCCCCGCAGCCUGCAUCCUUGUGGGGCGCACCAUGUGGCAGGCGACCCCUCCCGACCCUGUGCGCCGUGCCGCUGGGCGCCGGCCCUCCUAGCCCUGCUGGCCCUGGGCGGCGCGGGACUGUGCCACGGGAGCUCGCAGGCUGGGUACCACGCGCGGCCCAGCGCCAGGAACAAAAACUGGUGCGCCUUCAUCGUGAAUAAGAACGUGAGCUGCACAGUGCAGGAAGGAAGCGAGAGUUUUAUUCAGGCACAGUACAACUGCCCCUGGAACCAGAUGCCCUGUCCGUCCGCUCUGGUGUACCGGGUAAACUUCAGACCCAGAUUUGUCACCAGGUACAAGAUAGUGACACAGUUGGAAUGGAGGUGCUGUCCUGGUUUUAGAGGAGCAGACUGCCAAGAAAGUCCCAAAGACCCUAUGAAGACCCCCCGGCCCCCACCUGCUCGGCCAAGAAACAACCUAAAGAAAGCCACAGAUACUGACCCAAGCCGAGUCUCGCAGCCUAAGGAAACUUCAUCGCCAACGGACACAGCAGAAGCAGGUCAGGUAGUGGAUCCAAAGCGGGGUCCUCAGGAAGCUCAGCAGACGAAAGUCCAGGUGCUGGAGGAGAAGGUUGUCCGGCUCACCAGGAUGGUGCUGGACCUCCAGUCCUCCGUGGCGGGACUGAAGGAGAACCUCAGACACACCGUCCAGGAAGAUGGCAGCAAGGGGCCAGCCUCCUGGCUUGGCCACCUGCGCCCGCAGCCAACCCCUGACGGAGCCUUCGGCGUGGGAGAUGCAGAGCUGAGCCAGCCUCCUGGAGUCCUCAGCAGCAAGGAAUCCGGCGGCAUGAAGGACAUCAAGUCUGAGUUGGCCGAAGUCAGAGACACACUGAAGACCAAGAGUGACAAGCUGGAGGAGCUGGAUGGGAAGGUGAAGGGCUACGAAGGGCAGCUCAGGCAGCUGCAGGAGGCUGCCCAGGGCCCCACGGUCACCAUGACGACCAACGAGCUGCACCAGGCCUACGUGGAUAGCAAGAUAGACGCCCUGCGGGAGGAGCUCAUGGAAGGCAUGGACCUGAAGCUGGCCGACCUGAAGAACACGUGUGAGUACAAGCUGGUGGGCCUCCAGCAGCAGUGCGACGACUACGGGGGCAGCUACCUGGGGGUGAUAGAGCUGAUUGGGGAAAAAGAGGCGAGCUUGAAAAAAGACAUCGCCGACCUUCGAGCCCAGCUGCUGGACCCGUCAGCCCAACCAAGUUGCUGCAACGGUCAACGGAACGGUGGUGGUGAUUUUGGCCAACAGAUCAAGGCACUGGACCAAAAAAUUGAGAGAGUCGCUGAGGCCACCAGGAUGCUGAACGGGCGGCUGGACAACGAGUUUGACCGCCUCUCCGUUCCAGAGCCAGAUGCAGACUUCGACGCGAGAUGGAGCGAGCUGGACGCGAGGAUCAACGUGACGGAGAAGAACGCGGAAGAGCACUGCUUUUACAUCGAGGAGACCCUUCGGGGGGCCAUCCGUGGUGAGGCGGAUGACUUGAGGAAGCUUCUCGAUCAGAAAAUCCACUCCCUGGAAGACCGUCUGGGGGUUGUCCUGCACGUGGACAACAGCUCCGACGUAGAGCUGACACCUGCGGGCCCAGCCUUGCCACGGCAGCCAGGGGCAGGGAACGAACAGGUCCUGAUGGAGUUGAGCCACCUGAGAGACAAAGUACAAGUGGUCGAGGACAUCUGCCUGCAGAGCUUGCCUCAUGGAAUUGAUGGCGCACUGCCUAGUGGUGAGGACCUCACCCAUGUCAGCCUCAGCCUUCUGGAGUCCCUCAACGAUACGAUGCACAGGCAGUUCCAAGAAGCAGGCCGCGGCAUCCAGGAACUCCGAGAGGACCUCAGCGCCCUUCGUUCUCAACUAAAUCACUCAGAAUGCAAGGGCGCUUGUUUGCAGAAUGGAGUAAGUGACAGCAGAGCAGGUGACAGUGCCGAGGCAAGUGGAUUUACUAAGACAGGGGAGCAGGAGAGGACAGUGGGGGAUGCGGCUCCAUGCUGCAGCCAGCUGGAGGAGCGCUGGCAGAGGCUGCAGAACCAAGUGCUGGCUGAGCUGGACACGUGCAAGGAGAGUGCUCAUGGGGUCCAGAGUGGGGUGUCUGCGGUCGAGGGCAGGGUGGCCCAAUUGGAGCAGACCUGCAGCAGGCUGGAUGCCAUCUCGGGGGCGCUGCAGAGGAUCAAGGAGGGGCUGGGCAAGCACGUGGGCAGCUUGUGGAACUGCGUCCGCCAGAUGAACGGGACGCUCAGGUCACAUUCCAGAGACAUCUCUGGCCUCAAGAACUCCGUACAGCAGUUCUACAGCCAUGUUUUCCAGAUUUCUACAGACUUGCAAGAUCUGGUCAAAUUUCAGCCGUCAGCAACAGAGCUGCCCUCAGAAGCAACCCAGGCACCAUCUGGGAAGGCUCCACUAGAGUCCAGCAGACCCUCAGAGGAGGCCUCCACUGAGCCACCCCAACUGACCCCACUGCCAGAAGACCCUGCCAGACCACCACAGAUAGGCCAGCGGCCAGUGCUGCCCCAGAGGCCCCUCCAGCCACCGCCUCUGCCUGCCUGGCCUGGCCGCCCAGGCCUCCCUUUCCUGCCUGGCUCCAGUGGGGUCAGCAUGGAGACUGGGGAGGCUGGGCCUCCGGGCAGAGUGGGCAUGUCCGGAAGGGGCCUGCCCCAGGGAGUGGAUGGACAGACGGGGCAGGGGCCCGUUCCCAGCUCGGAAGGUUAUGCAGGCGCCCCAGGUAGGUCAGUCCUGCAGAAGGCACGGGAUGGCUACCCCAGGUCGCCUCCUGUAGCCACCCCAGGGGUGCCACCUCCUGCCCCGGUGUCCUUUUCAGCUGGUCUUACCCAGAAGCCUUUUCCCAGUGACGGGGGCGUCGUCCUCUUUAACAAGGUGCUGGUGAAUGACGGGGACAUAUACAACCCCAACACUGUCUUCUUGGAAGACCUGACUCAGUGCCAGCGCUCAGCGGCUGGACGGAGCACUUCACGCUGCACAGCCACUGCACCUCCUGACUCAGUGCCAGCGCUCAGCGGCUGA